AAUGCUGCAUUGUGGGAUUGGAGUGUAUUGACAUAGCGACAGCAGAGCUGUGUUUUCUGACAAAGUAUCUGCUGAGGUGAAACUGAAAUUUCGGUUGUAUCACGAUUUGUGUUCAAAUCGACAUUGCUAACCUAGCUGCCAUGAACGGAGCAGUGGUAAAAAAGACCCAAGAUACCUUGGGGAAAGUGAUCAAGAAACCGCCGCUAACUGAAAAACUGCUAAGCAAACCGCCGUUUCGAUACCUGCACGACAUAUUCAGCGAGGUAAUACGGACCACCGGUUUCAUGAGAGGCCUGUAUGAAGACUCAGAGAUGAAGUCAGACAACGUGAAGGAUAAGGACAGUAAGGUAGCGUUCCUGCAGAAGGCGCUGGACGUGGUGAUGCUGGUGAGUGGCGAGCCCCUGGCUGCUAAGCCUGCUCGCAUCGUAGCCGGCCACGAGCCUGAGAGGACCAACGAGCUGCUGCAGGCCAUCGCCAGGUGCUGCCUCAGCAAGCUGUCCAGCGAGGAGGCGGUGAAGAGGGUGCUGGCCGGGGACAAGCUGGACCCCAGGGGGAAGGCCAGCGCCUCCCGCUCCCAGGACAAGGAGAACAGGGAGGGGGGAGAGCGCCCCAGGGACAGAGAGGAGAGGAGGGAGAUCCGGGAGCGCAGUGGCAGCCGGGAGCACAAGGAUCCAGACCGGCCCAGAGACCAGGACAGCCGCCGGAGGGACAAGGACCCAGACCGGCCCAGAGACCAGGACAGCCGCCGGAGGGACAAGGACCCAGACCGGGACACCGAGCGCUCAGAGAAACCCCGAGACAGGACCAAGGACAGGGACAAGGACAAGAGCCGGGACCGAGAACGUGACAAGGACAAGGGGAGGGAGAAGGAGAGGGAGAGGGACAGAGAAAAGACCAAAGAGAGAGAUUCCCACAGGGAUAGAGAGAGGGAGCGGGAGAAACGGAGAGACAAGGAGAAGGAGAGACACAAGGAGGGUGAGGAGAGGACCAGGCCUGUGGAGAAGGGCGACAGGAAGGCCAGAGCGUCGGAGGAGACGAGACCAAAACCACACCCAGAGGAGCCCAGUAAAACUAUCAAACCAGAACCAGCAGAGUCAGCACAAGGUGAUGCUGAAGAGCCAGCAGAGGUCACAGUUAACCAGGCUGACAGUCCAGCCAGGAUACCCCGGCCCUCGUCUGCCAAGGGCCAGAGACGCAGACCCAAGCCUGGAGGCCCAGAAGAAUCAGACAGUGACGGAGAUGGUGACGCCCCCCUGGCAGAGAGGCCCCUCCCCCAGGAGAACGGAGACUCGAAGGACGCAGCGUCCCCCCCUCACCUGGCUCACAGCAGCAGGAGUGUUCCCCGGCCCAGCAGCGCCCGCCCUGCUCCCCCCCGCGUCAGGAGACAGGACAGCCACACGGAGGGCACGCCUGCUGACAGGCUGAGCAGUGCCAAGCCCCCAGCAUCCGUCAUCAUGGAGGGGAGGAAGCUGUCUGAGGAUGAGGAGGAGGAUGAAGAGAUGUUUGUGGUGGAGGAGACUGCACCCCCGCCCCCAGACAUGCCUGAGAUGGAGCCGGAGCCUGCUGUUGAACUCCGGGGUGAUGAGAAACAUGGUGGGCUGGUGAAAAAAAUACUUGAAACAAAGAAAGAUUUUGAGUCUUCGCCGUCCUCCCCCAAGUCUAAAGAGCAGGGCGUGGUGUCGGAGGCGUCCCGCAGGAAAGAGCGUGAGCUGGUUACCAGGGAGAUGGAGCGCGUGCGUGCGUCCAUCCAGACGUUGUGUCGCAGCGCCCUGCCGCUGGGGAAGAUCAUGGACUACCUGCAGGAGGACGUGGACGCCAUGCAACAGGAGCUGCUCACCUGGAGACGCCACAACCAGGAGCACACACAGGCCCUCCAGCAGGAGCAGAGGGUGACAGACAGUGCCGUGGAGCCCCUGAAGGUGGAGCUGCAGGAGUUGGAGCAGCUGAUCAGAGAGCAGCAGGACCGGAUCUGCACCGUCAAGUCCAACAUCCUGAAGAACGACGACAAGAUCCACAAGAUGGUGACCAGCAUCAACUUCUCCUCUCAGACAUGAGACAACAGGCCCCUAAUAAACCCAGCCCUUCUACACCUCCCCUCCACAGGCAGGGAGUCUGCCUGUCUGUCGUGCUGUCUCUGCUGUUGGUGUCACUGUUCUCAGCUGCACCUCCUCUGGUGUCCCAGGGGGGGCGCUGGCAUCCCCACGGUGGCCCCAAACGCUUUCAUGGUGCCUUUUAUGGAACAAACGCACCCCCCCCCCGUCUCUCUCUGUCACUCACACACACUCAGACCUGCCUAGUAAGGUCCAGUGAGGAUCUCAUUCUUUUCAAGAAAAGACACAACUAUUCAGUCCUGUGAAUUACUUCUUCUGUUCUCCUCUUAAAUGUGAAUUCAGCAUUUUUUGAAUUAUUUAAUUGCUUUGAUCUCUCAGUACAUGUUUAUUCCAAAUGGACUUAAACAUUGUAGGAUUUUAGUUUAAGACUAAUAAGUGCGUAGUCAACUCACUACGCAUAACCAAACAGUAAUUCAUCUGGCGUUUCACAGCCAUGGCUUUGUCAGUUACACCUUGUUUACCGAGACCACCUCAGUUUGACAGUACCGACAGAUGUGGACAUAAAAUAGGAGUUCUUUAAUAGUUCCACCUGUAAAGCACCUCUGCACUUUGAAAGGAGACCAGCACAAACGGAGUGAGGUCACUAGAGCAGCACACAGUGCACUCGGUUAACACCUGAGUGGAUUUGGAGUCAAAUCUAAUAGAAUACUAUCAAAUUUUAAAAAGAAAGUUAAUGUUAAAAAUUUCAGAAACGUUUUCAAAUAAAACAAUUGGUAAUAUGAUCUGAAUGGACUUUCACUCCAACCCCACCUAGUGGAUGUAUGUUUUUGUCUUUGCUCUACUAAUUUAAAAAAGAAUAGCAAUUAAUUCUAAUUUUUCCAAUGAUUUAUACAAUAAAGCAAUAUAUUAAAGAUUGUAAAGUUGCACUGAAAUAUAGACCAACUAAGUUGUCAAAGGGAAAGAAAGUAUAAAUGGACAGCGGCAACAUGCUUUCUCAAAGUAUGAAACACUAGCAACAUGUAUGAAACACUAGCAACAUGUAUGAAACACUAGCAACAUGUAUGAAACACUAGCAACAUGUAUGAAACACUAGCAACAUGUAUGAAACACUAGCAACAUGUAUGAAACACUAGCAAAGUUAAUAGGUUGCAAGACAUGACACAUGUUAAGACCAUAUCAAUCUAAAAAAGACUGAGAACCUAAAAUAUUAAAAUGUGUUAAAAUAUCAAUACAUUCGUUAUAGUCAUUUGGCAGAUUAUUAUAUCCACAGCAACUAACAAUUCAUGGAGAAUGUAAAAUAUAAUAUUAAACCAAUAAUUCGUAUCAGUUAUAUAGCUAGUUAACAAAAAAAAUCUGGGAACAUUUUCUAGAUUAGAAAUUCCAAGAAGGGCCCAUUUCAAAACUUUAAAUUGUUCAAAUUAGAAUUAUCUCCAUAUGUUAUGAAAAAUAAAUAUAUAUAUAUAUAACACUUUGUACCAUACACACAGUUUUUCUUAAACUGUACAUUAUGUAUAUUUUGAGUCUGUAUCAUAGUUUACAAAUGACACAUUUUUGUAGUGGAGUGGAAUAAAUCUUAUUUCAAUAACAUGAA